CUAGAAGGCUACUUCUCUUCAUAUAUUCCGAUUCUUGUCGUACACGGUAGCAGCGCGGUCUACACAGGGCUAACUCGCCGGCUUGAUCCUUUCAAAAUUUCUCGAAGUACACUGCAGCGUCCACGAAACUCUCGCAAAAUGUCUUCCAUCACCAUCGCAUCGCUUCCCCGCAUGAGCCGCGAUGCUCUUUCGGCCCUUCUCCUCUCUGCCACUUCUCCCAGCAAACUGGCCAUCAUCGAUGUGCGUGACUCCGACCACGUCGGCGGUCACAUCUACUCCUCCACCUGGGUCCCCAGUUCCACGCUGGAUGUGCGGAUGCCAGAGCUCGUUCGCACCCUGCAAGACAAGGAGCAGGUUGUGUUCCACUGUGCACUCAGCCAGCAGCGGGGUCCCUCUGCUGCGCUUCGCUAUGCCCGGGAGAGGGAGCGCAUGCUUGGCGCGGAGGAGAGCCACAAGCAGAAGGUCUAUGUCUUAGAAGGAGGCUUUGUGCAGUGGCAGGAGAAGUAUGGAAAGGACACCCGGCUGACUCAAGCCUACGUGGAGGAUAUCUGGCGGGAGUACUAAAAGGUGUUGUUCGGUUGUGUGGUGGGGCCUUUCGACAGAAGACGAUGAUGCUUUUAUAUACCCAUGUG